AUGGAAGUCUGUAGACGGGGAUAAGAGAUUGAACGCUGAAUGUGGAACUUUGUUUUGUCUAUGAGGAAAUACUCAGUGGGAAAUGUCUCGUUGGAACUUUUUUGUUUGUUACCUUUCAUGCGCAGACCGUUAAUGGGACAAAGAACUUCUGAGUUAGAUCCCUAUCAGAUUUCAGUAUUGAUUUGAUCAGAUGAGCAGCCUCAGUCAGUGCAGUGAACAGAUCGACAACAGCAAAAGCCUCCAUUCCCGAGCUGCCUCUCCUUAGCCCAUGACUGCUGCACUACAGCAUGUAGACAGCAGUUAUUUCUCCUGGAGCUUUUGCAAAUGAAAAUGGAGGACGGGUCUCUGUCCAGUUUGGACAACAGUAAGAUGGAGGGCUUUGCUCAAGAGAUCCUGUCUGACCUGGUGGAGGAUGCCUGUUUGGGUCUUUGUUUUGAAGUUCACAGGGCUGUCAAACAGGGAUACUUUUUCCUGGAUGAUACAGACCAAGAGAGCAUGAAAGACUUUGAAAUUGUGGACCAGCCUGGAGUAGACAUUUUUGGGCAAGUGUACAACCAGUGGAAAAACAAAGAGUGCGUUUGUCCCAACUGCAGCCGGAGCAUCGCCGCCUCACGCUUUGCUCCUCAUCUGGAGAAAUGCCUUGGCAUGGGCCGCAACAGCAGUCGCAUUGCUAACCGCAGAAUUGCGAGUGGCAACAACACGAACAAAUCAGAGAGCGAUCAGGAGGAUAAUGAUGAUGUCAACGACAAUGACUGGUCUUAUGGGGCAGAAAAGAAAGCCAAGAAGAGAAAGUCAGAUAAGGUAUUUUUACAUUCUUUGAAACAACCUGUACACUUGAAUCCAAAUUCACCAAGAAGAUCCAAAUCCAUGAAACAUAAAAAUGGUAGACUGAACAGAAGAGAUGAACCGGAGAAGAUUUCCACGUCAAAGAAAGCAGAGUCUCCGAGCACACCUCUAAUCACCACAAGUCAGUGGUAGUUCGAAGGUGUUUACCAGAGGGAACUAACUUUUCUGGAGAGUGUUCUUUGCCAUUAAUUUUGGCCUGAUUUUCUUUGAGAUUACAUAAUACCUCUUCGUUAUUGGAUAUUUGCUUGAAGUAUAUCGGGGCUUUUAGGGGCCAUUCACAUAGAACGUGUUUGUGAGUUGAAAAGCAGGUGGCGUAAUGGUGAAAAAAAUGUUUUUUUUUUUGAGGAAGCACUUUACCUUGAGCAUCACAGAUUUAAAAUGCCAUGUCAAGCAUGUGACAAUGCAAAAGUGCAACGCUCAAACACAUCCACCUAGUGCAUGUUUACUUAGAAAAGCAAUGUAAUUGCAGCGUGUACUGUGUGAACGGCCCCCUUUUGGUGCAUUUCAGAUGUUCAAGGUCAAUUUUAAAGCUUUACGUGCAAGUAUAAACAUGUUGUAAGCUAGGGCUGCACAGUAUAUUAAAAUAAGAUCAAUAUAGCUAUGUGGCUUGGUGCAGUUUUCAACUGUGCUGGCUGCACUUUAAAGGGACACUCCACUUUAUUUGGAAAUAGCCUUAUUUUACUUAGUUUAACUCCUCUGGAAUUAAUGCUAGUCCCUUCUGUAGUUACGUCGUGUACUAAGACUGACAGAAAAUGAAAUGCUCUUUUCUAGCUUGAUAUGACUAGGAACUAUAGUGCCAUUUCAGCGUAAUAAUGGGAACCGUUUUCAACCAAUGCAUUGUAUUAUUGCACCUGCUGCAGCCAUAGUACAUCAGCAAAGUUCCUUGAUCAUUACGCUGGAAUGAGAGUAUAGUUCCUAGCCAUAUUGACCUAGAAAAUAGCAACGUUCAUUUUCCAUCAGUCUUAGUACACAAUAAAACUACAGAAAAGUUGAGCUUUAAAUAGGUAAUUUAAGCCAAAUGCUAAUGUUCUAAUCCGAUUCAAUGACCUAUGCUAAGUUAAAAGUGCUUCAGCCAUAUCUGGAGAUCGGCUGAAUGGAUAAAAAAAAUGGUAAAAACACUUGGUGAAUUGUAAAAUGAGUCUGUUUCCAAAAAACAGUGAGUGUUUCUUUACAUAUACACUGAUGAGACAAAACAUAAUGACUGGUCAUAGGUUAAGAGAAUAUCGUAGACCAUCUCUCAAUUUACAUAAGUAAAUAAUGAAGUAAUAACAGUGUAGGUUGCAGAAGAUAUUGGCUGGAAAAAAAAUCUGUGCAUUUUAAGAUCAAGUUGUUAUAGCAUGGCAACAGAGACUAUAAAGACACAAAGCCAAAGCUUUCCUGAUCGUCAUCAUCUCAAGAACUACUAAAACCAACUCAUACUGAUGUAGUGUACAUGCCAGAACAGUAUGUGGUGCUGUAGUUCAUCCACAGAGAUGCACUAAAAACUUAGAAGAUGAUUUGGAGCAUGUGUAUAAACGUUGCAAUUCAGUUGCUGUUAUACUGUGUUGCAAUGUCUGACUAAGGCCGAAAUGAUGCCAGUUCGGAAAAUUUACAGAUUGGCUAUACACAAAGAUGCAGUUUGAGUAACUCUGUUACUUUACUUGACUUCUGGUUUGCUGCUUUGUGGUUAGCAGUUUAUGUUCCAAGGAGGGACCAACCACAAACUGACGACAGUGUGAAAGAGCAAUUUAAGAGCAAUAAGGAGAAUUCCACCUUGUCCAGACCAACUGUAUGUGUACUGUGACACAAAUCACACAGGAUUUUAAUAUGUGCGCAUCGUACUUUACAGCACAUGGGACUGUAUAGUCUGAGUUCCUAUCCAACGUUACAAAAACCUACAAUGGGCAUGUGAGUGUCGGAACUGGACUUAAAGAGGACAACAAGCUGUUUGGAAACCCUCUUUGCUUAGAAAUUUCUUUGAUCCCAUCAUAAUACUAAUGUUCCUGACGGAAAUUGCAUCUUUUGGCAGGAUAAUGCCCUCUGCCAGUCUGCACAUAUUGUCUAGAAUUCUGAAGAACAUGCUGGAAAGUUCAAGAUUAUUAUUGAACUCCAGUUUCCCCAGAUCUCACUCCAGUCGAGUUGAUCAACAUAUUUAAUCUAUGAUGGCUUUACGACAGGAGGGUCUUGUGGAGUCUGUAUUGCAUUGGGUUGGUGCUGUUUUACCAGCACACUGAGAACCAUGUUUAUUAGGCGUGUUCCUGAUAUUUUGUCUCAUCAGUGUAUGUGCACUAUUUUCAGAGUGAAUUGCGACAUUUCCGCGUAUAUAUGCAGCGUGGUUCUGAGUCUCAGAAUGGCUUGGGUGAUUUGCGUGAUCUGUGACCUGCAUGAACAUAAGUGACUACAUCGUGCCUUUACUCUGAAACUCAGAAUAUUGCAAUGCCAUUUUUUCUCCAGUAUUGUGCAACCCUAUUCUUAGCGAUAAUGUGUGUUAAAAGGAUAGUUCACCCAAAAAUGAAAAUUACCACAUCAUUUAUUCUCCCUCAUCUGGUUUUAAACCUAAGUUUAUUUCUUCUGUUGAAUAAAAAAGAAGAUAUUUUAAAAACUGCUGGUACCCAUGGUACUCAUUGACUUCCAUUUAAAAAAAAUUACUGUGGAGGUAAAAAAGUGUCAACUACCAGCAUUCUUCAUAAUAAUUUCAACAGAAAAAAAAGUUUGUAACAAGUGAAAUGUGAGUAAAUGACACAAUUUUGGUUUUUGGGUGAAGAAUUCCUUGAAAGGAACACUUCAGUUUUUUGGAAAUCAGCUCAUUUUACAAGUCACCUAGAGUUACACAGUUGAGUUUUACCAUUUUUUACUCCAUUCAGAUGAUCUACAUGGUCUGGCAAGAGCACUUUUAGCUUAGCUAAAGCAUAGAUGAUUAAAUCGGAUUACUCACAUUUCAGAAGAGUUUUGAUAAAUUUCCUAUUUAAUUAAAGCUUUACUCUUCUGUAGUUACAUCAUGUACUAAAACUGAUGGUAAAUCAAAGCCUACUACUUAACUACAGAAGACUAAAGCUUUAAAUAGGUAGCUUAUCAAAGUUUAUUUUAAAUGAAAUGUUAAUCUGAUUCAGUGUUUUAUGCUAAGCUAAGCUAAAAGUGCUCCUGCCAGACCCAGAGAUUGUCUGACCUGGGUCACCUACAGUUAAAGUUGAGUUUUACCAUUUUUGAAUCCAUCUGCAGGUUUGGUGAGAGCACUUUUAGCUUAGCUUAAGCAUAGAUGAUUGAGUCAGAUUAGACCAUUAGCAUCUCGCACACAUUUCCGAAAAGAGCUUCUAUAAUUUUCCUAUUUAAAGCUUGACUCUUUUGUAGUUGCAUCAUGUACUGAGACUGACAGUAAAUCAAAGUUGCGGUUUUCAAGACCGAUAAGGAUCGGAACUUCUGAAUCCAGAGUAAUAAUAAAGGAACUUUGCUGCUGUACCAUGGCUGCAACCGUCGCAGUGAUAUUACACACUUCUGUUACCUACUUACCUAGCUGGGGACUAUUUUCAGGAGCUACGUUAUGUUAUUGCACCUGCUGCAGCCAUGGUACAGCAGCAAAGUUCCUUGAUUUAUUACGCUGGAAUCAAGAGUCCUUAGCCCUGUCUCCCUAGAAAAUAGCAACUUUCCUUGACCAUCAGUCUUAGUAUGUGAUGUGUGAUGUAACUACAGAAGACUCAAGCUAUAAAUAUAGGUAACUUAUCAACUUUUUUUGAGAUGCUAACGGUCUAAUCUGAUUCAAUGUUUUAUGCUAAGCUAAGCUAAAAGUGAUCCUGCCAGACCCGGAGAUUGUCUGAAUGACUUCAAAUAUGUUAAAACCUAACUGUUUAACUCUAGAGGUGUAAUAAAAACAAAUAGGUUAGUAACAAAUUAAUUGUGAGUAAAUGACAGAAUUUUCAUUUUUGGGUGAAUAAUUCCUUUAAAGGAAAAUUUUUUUGGGAAAUGGGCUCAUUUUAUAAGUCACCUAGAGUUAAACAUUUGAGUUUUGCUGUUUAUGAAUCCAGUCAAACAAUCUACAGGUCUGGACGGAGCACUUUUAUCUUAGCUUAGCUUAAGCAUAGAUGAUUAAGUCAGAUUAAACCAUUAGCAUCUCGCUCAAAUUUCAGAAAAGAGCUUUGAUAGUUUUCCUAUUUAAAGCUUGACUCGUUUGUAGUUACAUCAUGUACUGAGACUGACAGUAAAUCAAAGUUGCUGUUUUCAAGACCGAUAAGGAUCAGAACUUCUGAAUCCAGAGUAAUAAUAAAGGAACUUUGCUGCUGUAACAUGGCUGCAACCGGCACAGUGAUAAAACACACUUCUGUUACCUACUCUACCUAGCUGGGGACACCUGCUGCAACUUUCCUUGACCAUCAGUCUUGGUAUGUGAUGUAACUACAAAAGACUCAAGCUUUAUAUGGGAAAUUUUUUUGAGAUGCUGAUGGUCUAAUUCAAUGUUUUAUGCUAAGCUAAGCUAAAAGUGCCCCUGCCAGGCCCGGAGAUUGUCUGAAUGGCUUCAGAAAUGUUACAACUGAACUGUUUAACUCAAGGGUUGUAGUAAAACUAGCCCAUUUCCAAAAAACAAAAAAGAAAAAAAGUGGAGUGUCUUUUUAACAGUUGUUCAGUUAUUGACAAAAGUAGAAGACAUAAUGAACUGCCUGGUGAUUUGUUGUUGUAUUGAAGCUUUGCUGGAUCCUAAGCAACAUGUGGAGAACCAGGACAGUUCCUGCGUGUUGCUAAGAGACAAGACAUUCUCUCAGUAACACUUUGGGUAGCAGACAUCACUCACUACCCACAGUGCCACAUGGUUUACUUUAUCACAGGGUUGUGAGAACAGAAUUAUGCUGAUCUGUGGAGACGUGGACUAACUCUUCUGUAAUUCAGUUUACAUUUGAUUCUUUUUUUAAUCAUCUUCAGAAAUGUUUGCACAAUCUUUCAUAUCUUACUCAUGCAGCUUAGAUGGCUGGUUUCUGAAAACAAUGACACAUCUAGGAUAGAGGAACUUGCACGAUGCUCACGAUGCUCAGGGAGGGAGUUAAAACUCUUCAUCAAAUCGUAGACGCUGGGCCAGUUGAGCACUCCCAUGACUAAGGUGCAGGAUUUUUAUUUUACUUUCUGAAUAAUGCAUUCUUAUAUUUAAUCUCUCAUUCUGGGGGGAUUUUGGAACUGUUAAAAAUGAAACUGUUCAAGAUUAAUAUCAAAGAAUCAAGAAAAUAAAUCUAAUGUGUGAACAGUUACCCAUCAGGAAAUUAUGGAGAAUUUUUGGAGAAUCAUGAUCCAGUAUUUUCUUUUUCUUUCUGUAGUUCGAUAGCCAAAGUGUGGUACAGCUGUACUAUAUUAUGUCACUAGUUCUAUAGCAAAUGAUCAUACUACAUUUUUUUUCAAUACUAAUUUAUUGGACACAAUGAGAACAAAGUGUGGCAUAGAUCUCCAAAACGAAUGAAUGAAUUAAUUGUUUUUUUUAAUAUUCUUUUUUAUGUAUUAGAUGUUUACAGUCUAUGAUGUCUUGUGCAGUCUCACUUUGUUUGUAACUGUGUGUACAUAUAUAAAUAUAUGACUAGGUGAAAGUUGCUGCUAUCCUGACCAUGAGCUAUACGCUUAUGGCAAUGUCAUCUAUGUAAUAAAAGAUCUCGGAACCUG